UUCAUUCAAUACAUUUCAUAUCUUUAUAUAGAUAAACAAAAUGACAUAGUCGAAUAAGCUUAAUAUGACUAUAAAUUAAACAAUUUUUGCAUUAUAAUACAUUGUAUUUCAUGUAAUGCAUGAUUAGAUUGUCAACAAUGCAUUGGACUAUUCUCUUCAAUCGAAUUUAUUACUACUACUAUUAUUAUUACGGUUACUAUUUUAUUGUUAUCAAUCUUAUUCUUUCUAUGUAUAUUCAUUCAAAUACAGAAAUAAAUCUACCUGGUGGACGUUUUGAAAUAGAAAUUUAUUAUAGAAAUCUAGAAUCAACUACAAGUAGUGGAUCUUACUGUGAUUGGCAAUUACACCGAUGUGAUGUUUACAUAAUUGUGAAAUUGUAUGAAUUAGUUGACAAUAACUCAAGGCAAUUAGUUCAUGUGAAAACAGAGACUAUUGCGGACACUGCAGAAUUUCACCUCAAAGUAUCUGGAAAAGUAAAUGAAAGAUUACCUGAAAAAUAUCGCUUAGAUCUUUUUGUCUAUGACGAAGAUGCUUUGGGUGAACAUGAUAUAAUUACCACUGCUACAGGAUUGUAUCAGCCAGAAAAAACCAAUGUAUUUCAAAAUAUUCCAUUAAAUUACAGUCAUAUAAGUGACUCUUUCACUCUUAGCUCAUCGAUAAGACUAACAUGUAAUUCAAAUUAUUAUGGGAGUAAAUGUGACAUAUUCUGCUCGCCUCAUCCAUGGGCAUACGACUGUGACAAGAAUGGACGAAAAAUUUGUUUACAUGGUAGACAUGGUGUCAACUGUGACAUUAUUGACUACUGCCAAAUACAUCCUUGCCCCAAAAAUACACGCUGUAAAAAUUUGCCGAGGGAACAUCGUCGAAAAUGUAUUUGUAAAAACUAUGAAGGUCCCGAAUGUCAUUCAGUUUAUUAUUCUUGUGAAAAGUCGCCAUGUAAGAAUGGUGGUCGUUGUACACUACUACGUGAACUUAUAGGGGAUAACAAUGCCGAAGGGUUGAUAUAUACCAAUCAAGGAACCAAUGAUGAUGACGAUGAAACUAUAUGUAUUUGCCCGGACAACUGGAGUGGACCAUUUUGUACGCAACCAGUUAUUGAUUGUAUAUCGGAAAACGAAAAGUACAGGCUUUCAACCUCGCGCUUGACAAAUCGCUUUUGUUUAAAUGGUGGAAUUUGUAUAAUUCAUCCUGGUAAUUCAAGUCCACGAUGUUCUUGUCCACCAGAAUGGGAUGGAUAUUUUUGUGAAUUGAAUAAAAGUUGGUCAGCUGGUAGAACGUUUGGAAUAGCAUUCUCUAUUAUUUUUGUAAUAUUUCUUAUUCUCGUUAUUGGAUUCUUUGUUUGGCUAUGUUAUAUAUCUAGACGCCCUAAUAUUCCACAACAUCCAGCAGUUACAUAUCUAUCCAAUUUCCCAUAUAAUAGUACUAUCAGUGUUAAUGACAGUCAUGACAAUACACGAGUUUACAUGAAACACGAAAAGAUAUUUGAUAUUCCAGAAAGUAAUCAUUCCCCUGUUAAAUUGAGUACAUUUGGCGAUAACGCGAAUUCACAGAUGGAUACACGGAAAAUGGAAAAUCUUUAUGAAGUUCCUUAUACAACAAAUAUAACAAAACAGAGUGAUGUUAAUUUUAACUCUCUGGAUCGAAAUGGAAGUCCAUUUGCAACUAUUCAAAGUACUAGUAAAAACAUUUACAUUAAUUAUAACACUCUGAUGUCCAAAGAACUAAGGAUUGAUUCAGAAGACAUUCGAAGGGAUACAGGAAGCUGAUAUAUGAAUCUACGUAGUUCUAAACUUCAGUGACAUACACAAUUACAUUAUGUUCCAAAUUUUUAAAAGUGAUUCUUAUUUCCUCUAAUCCUAUUUUAUCACUUCAUAUUAUUCGAUAACUAGUGUAUUCAGUAAUUUAUGUACAAUUUAUACGACCUGAUUAAGAUGUGCACUAAGAUGUGGGUUUAGUUCACAGCCAUUUUUCUUGUAAAAUAUUAUACACAUAUGGUUCUCUGAA